AUGCGCGGUGGAGGAGGAGGGAAUGAAGAUCGUCGUGGAGGAGGUGACGAUCGUCGUGGAGAACGAGGUUUUGAAGAACGUCGAGGAGGAGGAGGAGGCUUUGACCGUCGUGGCGGCUCUCGUGAGCGUGGAUAUGCUCCUUGUAGUGGCUCUAGUGAACGUGGUGAUGGUCCACCACGUGCUACUAAUUCUCGGUGGUCUGGCUUUGAGUCAGACCGUCGUGACGAUCGUCGUGGAAAUUAUGGAGAUGAUCGUCGUGGUGGUUAUAGUGGAGGAGGUAGUGGAGGUGGGGGUUAUAGCCGCGGUGGGGGUGGUGUCCGUGUGAAUGAAAUGGGUUAUCACGGUGAUGUUCGACCGAAUGAACGUCUGGAACACGAACUAUUUGGUGAUGCAAAAUCAUCUGGUAUUAACUUUGACAAGUAUGAUGAUAUCCCAGUUGAAACAAGUGGUGAAAAUGUUCCGGACCCGGUCACGGAGUUUUCAGCUGAACAAUUGGGUGCUGAAGUUAUCCGUAACUUGGAGCUAUGCAAGUAUGCAAAGCCUACUCCUGUGCAGAAAUAUUCCAUUCCAAUUGGUCUUGCUGGUCGGGACAUGAUGGCUUGUGCUCAGACGGGUUCCGGCAAGACAGGUGGAUUUCUGUUUCCGACACUUGCAGCAAUGCUGCGUGUAGGAGGCACACCUCCACCUGAUGUCGGCCAUGGUCGCUCUCGCAAGAUUUUUCCUGCUGCUUUGAUUCUCUCGCCCACGCGGGAGCUGGCGUCGCAGAUUCACGAUGAAGCUAAGAAGUUUUGCUAUUGCACUGGUAUCGCCCCAGUAGUGAUUUAUGGUGGUGCCGAGGUUGGUCGUCAGCUCCGUGAGCUGGAGCGUGGUUGUGACCUGUUGGUGGCUACCCCUGGUCGUCUUGUUGACUUAAUGGAGCGUGGCCGUAUUUCGUUGUCUUGUAUUCGGUUCCUGAUUUUGGAUGAGGCCGAUCGCAUGUUGGAUAUGGGUUUCGAGCCCCAGAUUCGUCGUAUUGUUGAGCAGGAGGAUAUGCCCCGUGAGCGCCAGACGUUCAUGUUUAGUGCUACAUUUCCACGUGAGAUUCAACGCCUUGCAUCGGACUUUUUGCGUGAAUACAUUUUCUUGACGGUCGGCCGUGUGGGUUCCGCCUCGAAGGAUGUAAAGCAAACGGUGGAGUAUAUUGAGCAGUACGACAAGGAGGACUUUCUUGUGCGUUUCUUGAAUCAGGUACAGGACGGCCUUAUUCUGGUUUUUGUGGAAACAAAGCGUGGCGCUGACUUCCUGGAGGACAUGCUUUGCCGCGAAGGGUUCCCAGCCACAUCGAUCCACGGUGACCGCUCACAGCGUGAACGUGAGCAGGCUCUGGCAAGUUUUAAGUCGGGACGCACGCCCGUUCUGGUAGCUACGGAUGUGGCUGCCCGUGGUCUUGAUAUUGAUGGUGUGACGCAAGUUAUUAACUUCGACCUGCCGAACAACAUUGAUGACUACGUUCACCGUAUCGGUCGUACAGGUCGUGUGGGCAAUAUUGGUUACGCACUCUCCAUGAUGAACGAGAAGAACCGCAACAUCGCUCGGGAGAUGUACGAACUGAUGUCUGAAAACGAGCAGGAAAUUCCAGCAUUCCUGGAUCAAAUGGCAAACAGCGGCUUCCGUGGUGGUAGUGGCGGUCGUGGUCGCGGUGGCCGUGGCGGUCGCGGUAGCUCUCGAUUCGGUGCGAAAGACUUCCGUAAUGAAGAGCGUGGUGGCGGCGGCGGCAGUCGUGGCGGCUAUGGUGGUGGUGGCGGUGGCUACGGAGGUGGGGGUGGUGGCGGCUACGGCGGUGGCAGUGGCGGCUACAGUGGCGGCGGCGGCAGUCGUAGUAAUGGCGCUCGUGGUGGAGGCUUUAGCGACGACAACAGCGCAUGGUAA